AAUAGGCAAAGAGGGGUAAUACUAUUUAAAAACUUAGAAGACAGGUCACCACAAGUCUAAGACAGGUCUGGGACUCCUGCGUUUUCGGGUGGCCAUCUGAGUAGCAUGACUCAUGCAACAGCCUCCCUCCUUGGCCUCUUUCCACAGUGAACCAGAAGCCAGUGAUGAAAAUCACAGGAAAGCAGAACCUCAGGAGAGUUCAAGUUCUGACAUAGGAACAUGUUUUGCAUCAUUAGGGAUGCCAGACUAAAACUUGCAGCAGGGGUUUUGGUCAGGAUGAGAGACAGGUUUAAAAACUACUAGGUGACUCUACAUAGUUGCACUUCAAUGAAAUGGAAAGGAGCUAUCUUCUAAAAUUUUUUUUAACAUUUAAUUUUUUUUCCCCAGCCUGAUUUAAUUUCCUGACCUGUGAACCCAGACAUUUACAAAACCUAUUGCUAUGGUUUUAAAAUAACUUUUAACUUUAAUGAUUUUCACAAUUAUGGAUCAAUACUACAAUUUAUUCUGUCAACUGCAGCAAUACUCAACAUUAAACCAAUUUAUCUGUUUUCUAAUGCCUGACUUUUCUGAAUUCGAUAGUGGUUUAACUUUUUCUUUCAAAUACACAUAUAUGUACAUACAAUACAUAUGUACACCUACUAUAUAUAUACACAUAUAUAUAUACUCUAUAUAUAUACAUAUAUAUAUACACUCUACAUACAUGCCCCUACACUAAAUAUGCUAAAAAGUGUCACCUUCACAUGUUAUAAGGGGCCCCAAAGAGUUCAGGAUUUGUAGCGCCGAUCUAUAGAAAGAUACAAUAUUAAAAAUCACAAAAUACUUCUGUGGAGUCUGAGACAAAACCAAACAACUCUGUAUAUCCAAGCAUGAUCGGAACAGCCUCUCUUGAUUAACUUUAUCUAAACUGAUAUAACAGCACAAAAUGAAACAGAAAUGAUGUCCCUUCCCAGUUCAUCUGUUAAAAAGCCAGUUAUCUACCUUCGAGUGUCCGCCGCAUACCAUACUUGGAUGACACUUCACAAAGUGAGAAACUCGAAGCCUUUGCAACCAGCCUUCUCUAUGUGAUGGGAAACAGCGGAUAAAGCGGAAACCUGCAAGGCUCUGGGGCGACGUAGCUGUAAUUAAGGAAAACCCGGGCCCGAGUUGGCGGAGUCCCGUCUUGCGGAGUCCUCGUCCUCGACGAGUGGGAGGGUCACCGGGGAGAGACUAAUAAGGGCAGCGGCGCGCGCCCCGGCCCCACUCGCAGGGCGCUCAGUGCCGCGGUGCUCAGCCUCGCGCUCGCCCGCCCACCGGCCGGCGAGCCCCGCACGCGGCCAAGAUCUGUGGCCACUGGUUCCCAUGGUUCUGAGGCGCCAUGAAGCUCGCUGGCUCUUGGAGGCUUUGGCUCUGGGCGGCAACGUUCCUGCUUCCUGUUUCCGCUUCCGUGAUGAGCAGGGACAAGCCAGAAAACCAAUGUCCUAUACUGAGAACAGAGGGACGCCGGUUUACACAAGACAACAGAGAUAAACUUGAAGUUUCAGGUUUUGACCUAGCAGAGCGAUUUUCUCUGAAACAUGUGUUUUGUGAAGGUGAUAAAACCUGUUUCAAAUUGGGAAGUUCACUUCUUAUUAGAGACACCAUUAAGGUAUUUCCCAAAGGCCUUCCUGAGGAGUUCGCCAUAGCUGCGAUGUUUCGGGUGCGAAGGAGCUCAAAGAAGGAACGGUGGUUCUUGUGGCAGGUUUUAAACCAGCGCAACAUGCCACAGGUUUCUGUAAUAGUUGAUGGUGGAAGGAAGGUGGUGGAAUUGAUGUUCCAAGCUGCCGAGGGAGAUGUGUUGAACUACAUUUUUAAAAAUCAAGAACUCCGUUCUUUGUUUGAUCGUCAGUGGCAUAAACUUGGCUUUGGUAUACAAUCCCAGGCCAUUUCACUCUAUGUGGAUUGUAACUUAGUUGCAAGUCGACAUUCUGACAGAAAUGGUACAGUGGACCUCCGUGGAAGGACCGUUAUUGCUGCCCGGGCUUCAGAUGGCAAACCUGUGGAUAUUGAACUUCACCAACUUCAGAUCUACUGUAACUGGAACUUCAUAGCCCAAGAAACAUGUUGCAAGAUAUCAGACAUUAAGUGCCCAGAGCAGCCUGGCUUUGGAGGUACUGCAGCAUCACCAGCACCUGCUCAUGCCAGCAGAAUGUCUGCAUUUUUGCCAGCAAAGCAGGAACUCACAGACCAGUGCCAGUGCAUGCCACACAAGGUAUGCUCGUCUUCACCUGGACAAGCAGGCUCACCUGGACAGAAAGGAGAGCAGGGAAGGCCAGGUGAAAAUGGUUUACGUGGCACUCCAGGCUUACCUGGUCUAAAGGGAGAGCAAGGUUUUGAAGGCAGCAAAGGAGAAACUGGCGAGAAGGGUGAACCAGGAGAGAAAGGAGAUCCAGGUUUGUCAGGCAUUAAUGGACAAGAUGGUGUGAAAGGCGACUCGGGUCCUCGUGGUCCACCUGGCCCCAAAGGAGAAAAGGGAGAUAUGGGACCGCCAGGACCACCAGCCCUAACUGGUUCCCUGGGGAUACAAGGCCCCCAAGGUCCACCUGGAAAAGAGGGUCAGAGGGGAAGACGAGGAAAACCAGGGCCUCCAGGAAAACCAGGGCCUCCAGGACCACCUGGACCCCCUGGAGUACAAGGAAUGCAACAGGCUCUUGAUGGAUAUUAUCACAAGGGAAAUGUUGGUGAACAUGGAGCUGGUGGUCUAAAAGGAGAGAAGGGUGAGACUGGAUCGCCAGGAUUUCCAGGAUCUAUUGGCCCUAAAGGCGAAAAGGGAGAAUCUGGGGAACGCUUUACAAAAGGUGAAAAGGGAGAUAGAGGAGAACCUGGAAUAACAGGAUCACAAGGAAUAAAGGGCGAACCUGGAGAUCCUGGUCCACCUGGUGUAAUUGGAAGCCCAGGACUAAAGGGUCAGCAAGGACCUGCAGGCUCUGUGGGACCUAGAGGACCACCAGGAGAUAUUGGGUUACCAGGAGAACACGGUAUCCCAGGCAAACAAGGCAUUAAAGGAGAAAAGGGAGACCCAGGUGGGAUUACAGGCCCUCCUGGACUUCCAGGUCCAAAAGGUGAGGCUGGUCCUCCAGGAAAAAGCCUGCCGGGGGAACCAGGAUUAGAUGGAAGUCCUGGGGCACCUGGUCCACGAGGGCCAAAGGGCGAAAGAGGACUGCCAGGUGUCCAAGGCUCGCCAGGGGACGUAGGCCCCCCAGGGAUAGGAAUUCCUGGCCGAACUGGCUCCCAAGGACCAGCUGGAGAGCCAGGGAUUCAGGGUCCUCGAGGUCUCCCUGGGUUGCCAGGAACUCCAGGGACCCCAGGGAAUGAUGGAGCUCCAGGGAGGGAUGGAAAGCCAGGUCUGCCAGGCCCCCCAGGUGACCCGAUUGCACUUCCUCUCUUGGGAGACAUCGGGGCCUUGUUCAAGAAUUUCUGUGGCAACUGCCAAGCCAGUGUCCCUGGGUUAAAAAGCAACAAAGGAGAAGAAUCAGGUGCUGGUGAGCCCGGAAAGUUUGAUUCUGCAGCCCGGAAGGGCGAUCUAGGGCCACGGGGUCCUCCAGGAAUCCCAGGCAGAGAAGGACCAAAGGGGAGCAAAGGCGAGCGGGGCUACCCUGGCAUGCCUGGGGAGAAAGGUGAUGAGGGUCUUCAAGGAAUUCCAGGCCUUCCAGGUGCUCCUGGCCCCACAGGACCGCCUGGCUUAUUAGGAAGAACGGGACACCCUGGCCCCAUGGGAACAAAGGGUGACAAGGGCAGUGAGGGGCCCCCUGGGAGACCUGGACCACCUGGACCACCUGGUGUACCAUUCAAUGAAGGGAAUGGAAUGAGCAGUUUAUAUAAAAUCCAGGGAGGUGUGAACGCUCCCAGUUACCCAGGGCCCCCCGGCCCCCCUGGCCCCAAAGGCGAUCCUGGCCCAGUGGGAGAACCUGGUGCAAUGGGGUUGCCAGGACUAGAAGGAUUUCCUGGUAUAAAGGGAGAUCGAGGGCCGGCAGGCCCCCCAGGAGCGGCAGGAAUCUCGGGGAAACCCGGAGCCCCAGGCCCCCCAGGAAUUCCAGGAGAACCGGGGGAGAGAGGCCCUGUUGGAGACAUAGGUUUCCCUGGACCAGAAGGACCCUCAGGAAGACCUGGAAUAAAUGGGAAAGAUGGAUUACCAGGUGUUCAGGGCAUCAUGGGUAAGCCUGGAGAGAGAGGCCCCAAAGGAGAACGGGGUGAUCAGGGAAUCCCAGGAGACCGAGGCCCACAGGGUGAACAAGGAAAACCAGGCCUUCAAGGGAUCAAGGGAGCCAUCGGUCCUGUGGGGCCCCCAGGAAACAAGGGCUCCCCAGGAUCCCCUGGGCACCAGGGCCCUCCAGGCCUCCCCGGCCUCCCCGGCUCCCCGGCUGAUGUGGUUUCAUUUGAAGAAAUAAAGAAGUAUAUUAAUCAAGAAGUUCUGAGGAUUUUUGAAGAGAGGAUGGCAGUGUUCCUAUCCCAGCUCAAGCUCCCAGCAGCAAUGCUGGCUGCUCAAGCUCAUGGGAGGCCUGGGCCUCCAGGCAAGGAUGGGUUACCUGGACCUCCAGGAGACCCUGGACCCCAAGGCUACCGAGGACAGAAGGGAGAAAGGGGGGAACCGGGAAUUGGGCUUCCAGGGAGCCCGGGUCUUCCUGGGACUUCAGCUCCGGGCUUGCCAGGCUCACCAGGUGCCCCAGGGCCCCAGGGCCCCCCAGGACCUAGUGGAAGAUGUAACCCAGAGGAUUGCCUGUAUCCCGUCUCACACACCCGACAGCGAACAGGUGGGAAGUAACCACACCUGAGGAAGACUUGAUGCCAGUCACCUCUCCUUGCUGUUGGAGCUUUCUUAAUACUGUCAGACCCUCGUGAUCGUGGGUGACUUUUUUUUUUUUUGGUGUAGGUGAGACAUUAAAAACAAAAAUUGGAAUCCUAUUCCUAUAGUAACUGCGAUAUCAGCCUUUUCAGAAUUUUUUCCAAAUUCAUUCCAUGUCUUGCUUCACCAUUAUUAUGAUUUUUAUUCAGGGUUUUCUAUGAAAUAUGCAAGCACAUCCUAUCAUUUGUUCUUCUUUAAGAGAAAGUGAUAUCUUAUGAUUUAGUAGACUGAUGGUGAUGUACGUUUUGUAGUCUUAUCAACUUGUAUGUGACCUUUCAUUUCUGAAUUUUAAAGUUUCAGACUUAUCUGGACAUUUCCUUGGUAUUUAAAUUUAUUAUUAUUGCUGACAAUUUCGUUAACUUUUUUGAAAUAGUGCAUUGCUCCUGCUGAAUGUUUUUGACUACUUUUAUAGCUUAAGAAUUCUUAUACCAUUCUUUAUCCAUUCUACUUAUGUAGAGAAAUAGAUAGGCAAUAAGACCUUCAUAAUUUAGAUUCUGGAAGAAAACUCAGGAGGCUGUCUUAUCAGGGAGCCCAAAAUCCUACCAGAGCCAACUACUGAAAUGAUUUUGUUGCUCCUGUGUAAUGAGCUCCAGUCAAAGCGGUCCCACCAGCAUGAGUGUGUCCUGCGUAAGAAGGAAGGAGCGAAGUCAAGGCCCAGCACUGUGGUCCCUUUGCUGAGUUUCUCAUUUGGGAAACAGAAAGCUGAUUUUUCUGGGAGGUGUCUGGUGGUGAAGGCAUCCAGCUGUCUUUGGUACUUUCAAAGUUUAAAGGGCCUCGCAGAGUCUUUGGGCCCGAGUACAUUAGCCUUCUGACCUCAUGACUCUCAGAUGUUAAGAACCAGCCAUCAGAACAAAGGAUGGGACUUCUAGCAACUGGAAAAGAAACCUUCUUGUGCUAGAAGAUGAGCGUGUGGUAUCCACAGAUGCAUAUCAACAAGCUGAAGCCUGGAAGCUUGUGGGAAGAAUGAUGCUUCUCAGAAGCUGCAGCUAGAGGUUCAGGGCCGUGAAGGAAAUCCAUGAGACUGAGCAAGAGUCCACACACUUCAGGGGCACAGACACUGCCCAGACCACAUCCUCUGACCAGGAACGAAAACGUGUGAUUGUCAACCAAACAGCUGAAUGGUAGUUUCAUGGCCUGGCCGUACAUUAUUUUGAGAAACUGUUGGUUGAAAACGAUUUCCUGAAACCGUGGGCAGGAGGAUGUUGUUGAAAUCUGAGUGGCGGGUCCUAGGGAUGCCAAGGGCGUGCACCACCCCCCCCAGCCCCCGCCCCGCCACAGACAUCUGCCAUUGGGGCAGAUUGUGAAAAGCUGUGAGCACGGUCUUGUGGGCAGCAUGCCUCCAUGGAGGCAGCUUUGUUCAAAUGCACCCGGGGUUUGAACUGGUUUUCACUGUAGUUGGAUGAACUGAUGGUCAGGUACUAUCUACAUGGCUGUGCAUAUGUACAACCUUUUUAUUAUUUCAUGUUGAAAGAUGCUGUAUAUUUCACUUCCAAGUUUAUUUAUUUUCAUUUCCAAGGUCAUUUUAUUUAUUUCAAGUGUUGUUAAUUUUAAAUUUAUUUU